AUGGUUCAGGUGAUGCCGUGUUUAAGGAAGUUUCUUCAAGUGGGAAUCGUUCUUGCCCUUGCGGAUGUAGUUCUCUUGGGAUUUGGACGUGCAAUACAGGACGAUGGCAGAUUCCUUUGUUUCCCGUCAUCUAAAACAGACAACUAUUGCAUCUGUUUUGACAUGGAAGAUUCAACUUAUACUUACGUGCCAAGAAACGAACUUCCAGCACAAUCGUCAUUCGUGGUUAAAGAAGGGUUCUUCGAUGAUACACUGCCGGUUGAUGAACAUGCCGUAAACAUGAGGAUGAGUCUCCCUCAACAGAAAAGAACAACAGGAAAAGACGUUAUGGCUAUCAAAUCUUUGCUUCUGAACUUGCUGCGACAAUUAUCUGCGUACGAGGGUCACGUCAAGCGUUCCCAUGUGUUGUCAAAACGCCCAUUUGACUCUAUAUCAUAUGGGAGUUAUUUCGGCGGAUUUGGUAGAAAAUGA